GCUGCACCCGCACAGCUGCUUUUAUAAAGACUCCCUCACACGCAGCACGUCUCAGAACACAGGAACACACACGGCCGUGUAGAGAACCAAGAGUUGUAGUUAAGGGGUGAUGCAUUACCAGACGUGGUUGAUGAUUCUUGUGCUGUGGACGAUACAGGCUGCGGAGGGAUGUCCCGAUGUCUGUAAAUGCUCCAAGAAAUCUGCUCCAGAAAAGUCAGAGGUCAAUUGUCAUAAGAAAGGGCUACGUGCUUUUCCCUCCAGACUGCCCCCUGAUGCUUGGAUUCUCAAACUAGGUGAAAAUGGUAUCAUAGACCUGAAGGCCAAUGCUCUCAGAUCAACUCCAAAGGUUGAGAGCAUCAACCUGGAACGAAAUGCCAUCAAGUCCAUCCACCACCAGGCCUUCUCUGGUGGAAAGCAACUGAUGCUCCUUAAUCUAUACGGCAACCACAUCACCAGCCUUCCACUGAAGGGCUUCCAGGACCUCCUAAACCUUCGCUUCCUAAUGCUGGGACAUAACCAGAUUGGCAGCCUCAAACCUCAGAUGUUUGCUGGAAUGAGGAACUUGUCAGACUUGGACCUUCCGCUUAACGCACUGACAACGCUCCCAUCUAAUGCCUUUAAACCUCUGAUCGCCCUUAAAGUUCUGGACCUUUCCCUGAAUCGCAUCCAGAAGAUCUCUCCGAAGGCCUUCAUUGGACUCAGACAGCUUAUGUUCCUCAACUUAGACAAUAACAGUUUGAAGAACGUUCCGGCCGGAGCAUUCAGACCACUGCGAUCUCUGGAGAUGCUGGUUUUAGAUAACAACCUUCUGUCCAUGCUGGGCUCCUCAACUCUGGAAGGCAUGGAAAACUUGCAGGAACUCUACCUGAGGAACAACGAGCUGGAGCACCUGCCCCCUGAUGUGUUCCGAAAGAUGGCCAAGCUUUCUCAACUGGCUCUCAGUGGAAACCGCCUGAAGACAGUGGAUGGAAACGUGUUCGCCCAUAUGCCUGACCUAAAGAAGCUGCACCUCCAUGACAACAUGUGGCAGUGUGACUGUAACAUUGCCUCCUUGGUGCGAUGGAUGGGGCAGACCAAGGCCACCCUGUCGCCCCGGGACGCCCUGAUGUGCGUGAGCCCACCGGAGCUCCGAAAGAAGAGCCUGUCCAGCCUCCAAGCCGACAAGUUGUCCUGCCAUGAAUAAAGCCAGAGAACCUAAGGAACACUCUAGGAACGGAGUUCUUUCCAGCCCAUACAUGUCGUCGUUGGGUUGUGUAUUCUCUCAACUACGAGAAAAACCAUUGUGGUGUUUUCAGUUUAAAACCCCCUAGAAAAUUACCACAUAUUUUUAGUAUAAAAAAAGCCAUGUAUGCAAUUUCAACUUCAAAGCAUUGGACAUUUACAUUUGCAGUUAAAGCAUAAAAAUAAUAAAAAAUGAUGUUCUGAUCUUUUCAUUGA